CAAUUAAAAAAUGAUUAUAAUAAUAAUUUGAAAGAUAUGUGAUCAGAUAUCAGAUGCAAUCUUAGAUGCAUGUCUUAGAGAUGAUCCGUAUUCUAGGGUUGCUUGUGAGGUAGCAACGAAGACAGGAAUGCAAGAUCAUGGUUUUCGGUGAAAUUACAACUAAAGCUGUUUUGAAUUAUCAGGAUAUAGUACGUAAUACAAUUAAGAAGAUCGGAUACGAUAGCCCUGAGAAAGGCUUUGAUUAUAAAACAUGUAAUAUACUUGUUGCUAUUGAAGAACAAUCGUAUAUAUUUUUUUCUUAUAUAUAUAUCUACUUAAUUGUGGAAGGCCUGAUAUAGCGCAAGGACUUCAUUUGGAAAGCUCAUUGGAAAAUAUAGGUGCUGGUGAUCAGGGUAUUAUGUUUGGAUAUGCAACAAAUGAGACUGAAGAGUUGCUUCCUUUGACAGUUUUGCUUGCUCAUCGUUUAAAUAUAGCUCUUGCAAAAGCUCGACGUAGUGGGGAAAUGGAUUGGUUACGUCCAGAUUCAAAAACACAGGUGACAGUUGAAUAUGAGCAAAAAGAUGGCGAACUCACUCCAAUACGUGUGGAUACUAUUGUUGUUUCAACACAACAUUCUGAAAGUAUCACUACAGAAGAAAUUCGGCGUGAAGUUUUGGAGAAGAUUAUCAAGAAAGUUAUUCCUUCAAAUUAUCUGGAUGAUAAAACAAUAUUUCACAUUCAGCCGUCUGGAAGAUUUGUUAUUGGAGGCCCCCAAGGCGAUGCAGGUUUAACUGGAAGAAAGAUUAUUGUUGAUACAUAUGGCGGAUGGGGCGCACAUGGUGGUGGGGCAUUUUCAGGUAAAGAUUUCUCUAAAGUUGACCGUAGUGCAGCAUACGCUGCACGAUGGAUUGCUAAAUCUCUUGUUGCUUCUGGUUUAUGUAAAAGAUGUCUUGUUCAGUUGUCAUAUGCUAUUGGCAUUUCUUAUCCUUUAAGUAUUUUUAUUGAGCAUUAUGGGACAAGUUCAAAAACUUCACAUGAGCUUGUCGAAAUUAUUAAAAAGAAUUUUGAUUUGCGACCUGGUGUUAUUGUUAAAGAACUUGAACUACAAAAGCCGAUUUAUUCUAAGACAUCAUGUUACGGACAUUUUACAGAUCAGUCUUCACUUUGGGAAAAACCUAAAAAAUUAGCAUUUUAAUCAGGUUAUUGUAAAAAUUGAUAUAGGGAAUGUUUUGUGAAUUAAUUUAUAUAA